AUGGAAUGCGGAAACAUGGGUCUGUUCGACCGCGGAGUUCAGAUGCUGCUGACCACGGUGGGAGCCUUCGCGGCCUUCAGCCUCAUGACCAUCGCGGUCGGCACGGACUACUGGCUGUACUCCCGCGGCGUCUGCAGGAGCAAGUCCAUGAGCGAGAACGAGACCAGCAAGAAGAACGAGGAGGUGAUGACCCACUCGGGCCUCUGGAGGACGUGCUGCUUGGAAGGAAACCUCAAAGGGAUGUGUAAACAGAUAGACCACUUUCCUGAGGAAACGGAUUACGAAGCGGACCCAUCUGAGUACUUUUUACGUGCGGUGCGAGCCUCCAGCAUCUUCCCCAUCCUCAGCGUCAUCCUGCUCUUCAUGGGAGGCCUGUGUAUAGCUGCCAGCGAGUUCUACAAGUCACGCCACAACAUCAUCCUCAGUGCAGGGAUCUUCUUCGUGUCUGCAGGCCUGAGCAACAUCAUCGGGAUCAUCGUGUACAUAUCAGCCAACGCGGGGGACCCUUCAAAAAGCGACUCGAAGAAGAACAGCUACUCUUACGGCUGGUCCUUCUACUUCGGGGCGCUCUCCUUCAUCAUGGCUGAGAUGGUGGGCGUCUUGGCCGUGCACAUGUUCAUCGACCGCCAUCGACAGCUCCGAAUAGGGGCGCGCGCAGCCGACUACCUCCAAGGCUCCGCCAUAACGCGAAUCCCCAGCUACCGCUACCGCUACAGGCGUCGCUCGCGCUCCUCCUCUCGCUCCACGGACCCGUCACACUCCCGCGACACCUCGCCGGUGGGCCUCAAGGGCUUCAGCGCGCUGCCGUCCACGGAGAUCUCCAUGUACACGCUGCCCCGGGACACCCUCAAGUCCUCCGGCACGCCCACAGCCACCUACAACUCGGAGAGGGACCACGGCUUCCUGCAAGUCCACAACUGCAUCCAGAAGGACCUGAAAGACUCGAGCCAGACCAACACAGCGAACCGCCGCACCACGCCGGUAUGAGGGAGUCGACUCAGGCCCGGGCGGCCCGGCGGAGAGACCAGGAGACACGGGAACCCCUGUGGGUGCAGAUUGCCCCCGGGAGAAGACGGAUUUCCAUGUUUAUAGACAUUUGUUCUUUUUGUUCUGCUGCAUGACUUUUCCAUUACCAUUGUUGAGAGAGUUUCAACAAGUCUGCUGUGUUCCUGGAUUGAAUGGCAGAACAGCGAGAAUGCGUCAGGGUGUCCCGAGAGAGUGAGAUCUGUCAUUUUUUUGCGCAGGGUUUG